GCUUAUUAUCUGUUAAAUAAGCAAAAAUUUUCAGUUAAAAUGUAUAUUAAACAAGUAAAAAAUCGGCUUUUACAACCUCUGGUCUUUCAUCUGCUUGGGUGAAUGGUGAAUUUGGGUCAAGUGUGUUGUAAAUAUGGAGAUUUUUGGUUCAUUGAUUUUUCUUAACAAGUUUUUUUUUUGGAAAAAUUCUUGAGUAGCAUCCUCCGCUGCAUCUAAUGUUGUUGGAAAAAAUUUUAUGAGUAUGAUUUACAAAACGUGUUAGAAAAUGUGAGGAAAAAAAAUAUGCUAGUGAAGAGCUCCCAAAAAUGACUGGUAUUCUCAAGAGUAGGCAAUACAGAAGUUUUAUGGUUUAUGUUUACAUAGUAAAACUAGGGAAACAUCUUAAAUUGUUUUCACUUGAAUACAGUUAGUUUGUUGCUAAUCUGAAUCUUUUGAAGAGUCAGCAUUUCAUGAUCAGUAGAAUCAUGUUUAUCAUUGUAGGGAGAAUCGCUUAUCGUAUAAUCCUCAGCUAUAUUUUAGAAGUAAAUAUUUUUUAAAAAAAUCAAAGACACUUUUUUGCAACUGUUCAGGACUGAUUUGAUUUCUAAAAAUCAUGAGUUUGUAUUUUUGUGUUAUCUAAAGUUUUACAGUUAACUAUUGUUUUUAUAUAACAACAAGUUUCAAGAAUGGCUAAGUUAAAGUAUAUCAUAUACUCGUUAGUUCCAGUUGUGUCCAUACUGGGUGUGCUUGGACUGUCGUGGCUGCUGGCAGCAUUUAUUGAAAUAUACACACACAAUUUGACAAUGCUGAAAAUAUUUGAUCAAUCUACAAAAUAUGAAACUAAACAUAAAGUUGCUCAACCACCUUUUCCAGGAAACAAAAAGAACAAUAUAUUCUGGUUCGUGCAGAUCUCAGAUAUUCAUAUCUCACAGUUUCGUUCUUAUGGACAAGUAGAAGAUUUGUUAAAAUUUUGUGAAACAACGUUAAAGAAUAUAAACCCUGAAAUAGUCUUGAUGACAGGAGACAUAACUGAUGCAAAGGAUGUCUUGAAUAUUGGUUCUUCCCAAUAUACUGAAGAAUGGGAGACUUACUCAUCCGUUUUAAAGACAUGUGUUCAUGAAGGUCUCACAUGGCUCGAUAUUCGUGGAAAUCAUGAUGCUUUUGCUGUCCCGUCAUUACAUGGAAAACACGACUUAUUUAACAAAUUUGCUUCCAGUAAAAAUAAAUUUGAUGAUUCAUACGUUUAUCAACAUGUUCAUGCUACUACAUUUGGAAAUUAUUCGUUCAAUGGUGUGGACUUUGCACCAAAUCCAGGACCUGCUAGACCAUUCAAUUUCUUUGGUGUUCCUGACCAGAAAACAAUAAAUCGUCUUCAGGAGAUCUCAACAACUAAUAAUAAUUACAACGCGACGAUAUGGUUUGGACAUUAUCCAUUAUCAACAACUACAAAACCACACAUUCUAAGGAAAUUGCUAUCUUCUGGUAUCGUCUACCUAUGUGGCCACCUGCAUACUCUUUUGGGUGUGGUCCCACAAAUGCAUGCUAUUCAUACGGAAGGCUUGCUUGAAUUGGAACUUGGUGAUUGGAAGGAAAAUCGAAAAUAUCGUAUUGGUGUGUUUGACCACGACAUGUUCUCCUUCGCUGAUGCGACAUAUUCUUCGGAUGAACAUGUUGUUGUGUUCACAAAUCCUGUUGAUGCGAAGUAUAUGGUACCUGGAGAAAGCUCCUAUUUGAAAAGUAGAAACUCCACACAUAUAAGAUUUCUUUUGUUUUCUGACACACACAUGCGAGCAGUCCAAGUUUAUGUUGAUGAUGCUAUUCUGUGUCCUCAAACGGAAGUCAUUGACAAUCUUCACACAUGCAGAUGGUCUCCAUCGAAAUAUCAGAGUGGAGUGCAUGAAAUCAAAGUUAUCGUUGUAAAUAAAGAAAAGAAUUCGACUGCUACUUGCACGUUCUCACUGGAUGGAACACGUCCACCUUUAAGUUUUCUUUCUGUCAUUAUACUAGUGACUGACUUUUGUACCAUGUCUCAAAUGGUCUACCUGGUUGCUAUCUUCACUACUAUCCUGUUUCCCAUGCUACUAAAGAAAUGCGCUCAUCAGUAUCACAUAGAUCUGUGUCGAAGUUUCUUAAAGAUGGUGUCACCUCAGAUUAUAUAUUUUGUGGAUUGCGAUCGUGUGUUUUGGCCGUUGAUUUACUACAACUGUCACUUAAGCGUCGGUCCAAUAAGCGUUGGUUACUUUAUUCCUGAUCAACUCGGUGUGUUCUUUUCGUUUGGUCUAUACUCAGGAGGGCAUCAUAUACCUGGCUCGUUUACUUAUCUCUAUGUUGGAGCACAACUUCUUUUGUACAACGCUUUGAUAAUGAUCUAUGUUGGCGAACUUCUCAACAAAACUACAGAUAUAUCCCUCACUAAACUAUUUUCCUCAAACAAGCAUCGAACAAGAACAAUUUUCUUUCAUCUUCUGCUGGUAUUUUUAAUUUGGAAUCAAUUGUCGUCUUCUUACAUGUUUUAUGUCGCUUAUGGAGCACUGUCGUGCGUCAUUAAUCCUGUUAAGACGUGGACGAUGCCGUUGUCGGUGUAUUUAAUUUACAAAGCAACUACGUGUAAGAGGAAGAGGUAGAUGGAUAUAAGGUUAGAUGGAUAUAAGGUUAGACGGAUGUAAUGGUCACGUUAGACGUAUUUGACGAUAAUUUUUUAGUGAAAGAGAACUUAGUUGCGUCAUGCAUACGAAGCUGAUUGAAGGUGAUUUAAUUUAUCUUCUGUAUCCGACUUUUAUACCUCUGUUGCGCGGCUGACGCCUUUUAUGCGCAAUAGAAAACCUUAUAGUAUCUUUUUAACGAAAAUUUAGCUUUAAAAAGACAACGUUGAAAUGUCUUUAAAUGUUUUGGAUGUAAAACUUAAAAAGUUACUUACUAUUGAAGCGUUUAUAGCUGCUUCUUGCGUUUAAAUUUUGGCGCUCUAUAUUAUCAAUUUCCAUUACAUUAAAGAUGGCAGCGCUUUCUGAAUUUUUAUUGGUUGUUAAAAACUUUGUCUGUCUGAAAACACAGUUGACUUGUCUUAACUUAAGUCAAAACACAGGCGCCGCAGAUUUACAGAAAUAAAUCCAACGCAAAGAUAUUAAAUGCUGGGAGCUAACCUAAGAACGCCUGGAUGCGACGGACUUUUUUUUUCUUAGAUUUUUAAUUAUUUAAAACAGUACCUGAACGUUUUAUCUGAGAAGUUUUCUUUUUUUUUUUGACAAGCCAUAAUAAUUUUUAAAAUCUUGCAUACCACCGUAUUUGGCCCGUGUAAAUAGUGCUGUGGGUAACGUUUUGGUAUUAAUUAUACUUGAAUAGCCGUUAACCCGUGGGAAAAUUCACAGGGUCGCCCGUCCUUUAUAUAUUGUCUUUCGUGUUUCAGUAGCAGGACCCGUCUUUCGCGGACAGACAGACUACGGCUAUUAUUUAUACUUAGAAUUUUAUUUUACAUACUGAUUAGCAGGACUAAUUUUUAUUUAUUUUUAUGUCUAGAUUUGAAGGUUGAGAAAGUUUUAUUUUCCUAAUAUAUGAACUAUAUUUUUGUUGAUUUUCACUCGCAACAGAGAAAGUUAGAUAAUUGUCAUGCCUCCUUGAAACUCUUGAAUUUUUUUAAAAAAAUUAAAACUUCUUAAGUCUCUUUUAAAAAUAGGUUUUUUAACAACUUUCUCGGAUCUUAUUAAUUUUAGUUUACAACCUGCCACAUGUUUUUAUUUUCAUAAGCUCUACAUGGAUACAGCAAUCAUUUCUUCACUGGUCAACUUAAACCUCAUUUUUAAGGGAAAUGCGUCAUUUUCUCCAUUAAAUUCUCCUCAAAUCUCUUCAAAAUUUGACUCUGAAUAAAGAGCGGCAACUCUGAAGUACUGGUUAAUGUCUCUUAAUAUUUUUUUCGUGAAAUUAAUAUGCAUAUAAAUGGAUAUCAUUUACAUAAUUUGCUCAUAGUAUUUUCUUUAAAAAAUCGUGAUACUAAACCUUUACAUGACAUUCGUUACUGCACGUCCUUGUUAUUUUGGAGUUGUAGAUGAAACAGUUUGUAAAUGUUUUUGUGAUAUUAUCGUUAAAAAUGUUUUUCCGA